AGUUUUGUCGUCCAACCCGACCAACCAAAACCUUAGCUGUGUCCUUAAUUGGAGUGUUGUUUGUUGGAAGUGAAACUAGGUUGCAAUGCCAGGCCCUGGUCCUCACCUGAUGUAUGCCAUGGCCUCUGGUCUGGGUCUCACUACCAUCACCAAUGGAAGGUUUAGCCCUCACCACACACUUACCUACACAGUAAACGCCUUCUUUGGCCCUGACGUUGGUUCUUUCUCUGAGUGGCUUGCUUCACUUUCUGGUGCUGACCCUGUUCAAGCUCUGGGAUCCGCUCUUGCUAAUCUCAUCCAUCAUCCUUUCUACUACAUCCUUAUUUUGGGUCUUCCUCUCUCCUUUCUCUAUUCUCGGAUAUCCACCUAUCUUCUUCGCGCACACCUUCUUGAUUCCGUCUCCAGGGUCCCCCUUACGAGGAUGCAAUGUUUUUGCUUGAUAUCUGCUGGCUCUUUUACCCACUUCUUUCUUGAUCAUCUGUUUGAGGAGAAUGGAAAAACAACGAUGUACACUUGGAUUUUGAGCACGGGCUGGUGGCAAAGUAGAGCACCAGUGAACCCAGAUGCUGUUGUUGUAGUUGGCUUCUUGUGUGCUUGCUUAGUUGGUGGCUUUUUUUACAUCAACAGAGCAAGUUCCUCAAACUCCAUAAAGAAAAAGUCAUAUCAGUCGAUGCUACUUAUUAUAUGCAUAGCUUUGUUGUACUGUUUUUGGUGUGCAAUCCAGAUAUACUGGUUCAGUCCGCGUCGUCCAGCAGUUGGUGAAGAGGCUGAUCUUGGUGUUCUUGUGUUUUUAGCUCUAUACUUUUUCCUACCUUACGGUUUGUGCAUAAUUUCCAUGUCCCCAAAAGAUCCUGAUACAAAUCAAAUUCCUCUUUAAAAGUAUUUAUUGUACAAUCAAUCACCAGAAAUAUGUAAAAUUCCGCAUCCAUUAUUCCUUGUUUGGAACAGGAUUCUUUUGACAUUACCGUUUUUAUCCCACUUUACGUGUAUUGAGUGAUCAUUUUUUAUCUGUAUCUUAUUCCACUCUUCAACAUGAGCCUGUUGAAAAGUGAUGGAUUGUAGAAAUUCCA